AUGACUUUUCUAAUCCAGUUGCCAACAGGCUCUGUAGGCGAGGAAGUAGAGGCACGGCGAAGUUUAUGGGAUGCUGGUGGCGCUGAAUAUAAACUUCUCAAAUAUAAUUUAUGGCAAGAGGUCGCAGAGGAUGCCAUGCAGGGAUGCAUUGAGUUUUGGCAAAAGGGUUGCAUAAUUGGUUCACAGUAUUUGGUGAAGCCCAAUUAUCAUAAAUGUGAACGUCGUCUGUGGUUUGGCAUUUUCUUGGUGUGCAGUUCGAUUGGUUUCACUUUAAUGCUUUAUUACCUGGACGCUUAUUCGCAAAAUGUCUUUCGUAUUGUCAUAGAGGAUCAUGGCCGCCAUGAAGAAUUCAAAUAUCCCACAUUGGGGAUUUGUGAAAUGGGUAUCGAGAAUGACCAGGUGACUUUCGCAAGAGUGGAAGAAGUCUUAACUGAUACACUUUAUCAAGAAUUUCCCAGCUUGAGUUCGAGUGAUGAGCUUAAGAAUUUUGUUUAUAUGUUGUCUUUUAAAAAUCUCCAUAAAGUCGAAAUCAUAGACAAAUUUAUUAAUUACACGAAGAUAUUACCACCGAAUAUAACAGAGUAUUUGCAUAGGUACGACUACAAGAAGUUGGUGAAUAAUAUUACCAGCAGCUGUGAGAAGUUUUUCAAACAGUGUACAUGGCUAAACUCUGUACAAUUUAAUUGCUGUGAAGUAUUUCACGUAGUGCGAACCAUGUUGGGCAAAUGUUUUCUAUUUAAUUCAAAUCAAACUAGCAGCAAUAAUGCCACCAAACUAGUUCAACAAAUUGAAAUAUUUAGAGAACCUUAUCGUUUGAACUUGACCUUUAAGAAGGCCGCUAAGCUAUUUUUGUUGAACAGCCUAGAUAUACCGGAAACCAUUGCACCCGUACGCAGAUAUCAACUAGACGAAAGAGGUGUAACCUUAAGUUUGGAAUUUAAUGUGGUGCCCACUAUCAAUGAUCACAGUUUAAUUAAUUUUGACCCACGGAUUUUGCGUUGUACACAAUUGCACACGAAUCUUAUGGAUACAAGGAGAACAUAUCCAUUUCAGAGUUAUACUGCUUGUAUUACCGAUAAAUACUACGAUGAACAAUUUGCUCGUUGUGCCUGCACAGAUUUUUAUGCUCAAAAGGCAAAAGUCAUGUUUUGUAAUCUCACACAAUUACUGUGUUUGGUGAAUGAUAACGGGUCAAGCAAUACAGCGCUUGGUGGCCAAUGUUUGCCGAAUUGUGACGAUGCAGAAUAUCAUGUGGAGAACGUUUAUUACAGUAAAAUCGAGGACGACAGUUUACAGAACGUAUUUACAUUGGAUUUUGUUUUGUUGAAUUUUCCCACAACCCAUAGAAGACGUCAGGCCAUCAGACAAAGCGAAGACAAACUGGCCGCUUUCAGUGGCAUAUUGGGUCUAUUUAUGGGCCUCAGUGUGGUCAGUAUAUUAGAAUUUCUAUAUUUAACAUUUUGUGCCUUUUGGAAUUAUAAGGAGACAAGCAUCACACAAAAUGCUGCAACCAUUCGUGCGAGACCAAAAAGAGCUGUUAGAAAAAGAGGCUCAAAAAACCAGAUUGUCUUUCAGCCUUGA